AUGUUUUGUUUUUUAUAGCUGAGGUUGAAGAUGGUGACUAUGACAUUACGGGCUGUCGAACUGUUUAUUAUUCUCAUUGUCACGAUUAUUACGGCAAUGGGUUCGAGUGCAGCAGACAAGGAUGCAACCAUGGCCGCAACUCAGGAAGUAAGACUGUUCACCCUGGCUGGUCAAUCAGGGGCCUCGACAACGACGGCCAUUAAAUGUGACGACGCGAGCACGUGCUCGACACCCGACGUCAUGGACAACAGUUUCGACGGUGUUUGUGUCGAUGGACUGUGGAUAUUUUAUUCAGAAAUAGAUUAUGCAGGAGAUUCGGAGUUCCACUUUGGAUCCAACACGUGCGCGGAUUUUGCAUUUGGAGCUGAUAACUUGUCGUCGUUCAGAUACGUUGGAUCUUUGUUAGACUGGAUGAAACCGGGUCUUACACUUUACAGAGAGGACGGAUAUCGUGGACAAGAACUUUACAAAUCAGGGGAUGGAAAUUCCGUAAUUUCAGGAAACUCCACAUGGCGCUCCCUUUUCGUCUCAGGACUUGAUGACUGGACUCUCUAUUCGAAUGCGGAUUUCUCUGGAGUGUCAGUGUGCAUCGGUGACGUGAUCUCGUCAUUUGGCCCUGGAUACAUCGACGGCAUAGAAGAAGUCAUUGGUGUCGGAACCGUCGAGGACGGAUAUCGUGGACAAGAACUUUACAAAUCAGGGGAUGGAAAUUCCGUAAUUUCAGGAAACUCCACAUGGCGCUCCCUCUUCGUCUCCGGACUUGAUGACUGGACUCUCUAUUCGAAUGCGGAUUUCUCUGGAGUGUCAGUGUGCAUCGGUGACGUGAUCUCGUCAUUUGGCCCUGGAUACAUCGACGGCAUAGAAGAAGUCAUUGGUGUCGGAACCGUCGGUUCCGUGCGACGUGGUUGCUUCAAAUGAAACCCAUCUUCUAUUCACCAUUUUAGUAAAAGAAAUCCCACGAGAAAGUGAAUUGAAUUCAAAUCCUUUUUUUUUAAAUCGUUCCUAUAAUAAGGAACCCGGACGUUCUGGGACACUACACGCGGUGAAAUAAAUCUAAUAUCGUCUUCUAUCAGCCCUA